UCAUGACUUGGGCAGCAGCUUCUGAUCCGCAGCGGUAUGGACAAAAGGGCCGGGAGCCAAUAGACAGGUGGGGAGGAGAUUUCAAACAAUUGCCUCGCGUGUCAGGCGAGAUCGGAGGCGGGAGGGAAAGGAGGAGCGACAGAGGAGAAGAAGUGGCUCCAGAGGAGGGGGCGAGCAGGUGCGUGUAAAGGAGCGGAAGCCUUUCCAAGCCGCCGACCCCGCGCGAGUAGGAGCCUGGAGUCUGCCUGGCCGCUGAGAGGAGAUCUCGCCCUUGAGACGGCGUGCCGAAGGGGCUCGCCGCUUUCCCCAAAGGCUUCUGGGGAGCGGGGGCCAUGAUGCAGAAGGCCAUGGAGAAAUCUCAAAGCUUCCGCAUAGACGCCCUCCUGGCUGAGGAGCCCCCGCGACCCGCGCAGAGCGCUUCCCCCGAAAGCUCGACGGGGAGCCCGGGCUCCUGCGUACGGAACGAGACGCCCUCGCCAUGCGCGCCCUCCAUGGUGGCUCCGUUGCCUCCCGCCGCCUUCAUCCCCAAGCCCGGCUUGUUGAACUUUCCCCCUCCGGGACUGGGCGGCCUGCCCGCCAUGUACCCGCCCCCUCUCUACCCGAUCUCUGCUCUGGCCGGCCAGCACCCUGCUUUCGCUUACAGCGCCGCCUUCCCCCACCUGCCUCAGCCGGGUCCGGAGCACUUCAAGGCGUCCGCCGUCGCCGGGGCUGUCCCGCUGGAGCACUGGAUUCGCGCGGGGAUCAUGGCCCCCCGUUUUCCCGACUUCCACGUUGCCCCACAGUCUGGCCUGAUGGGCAAGUGCCGCCGACCCCGAACAGCAUUUACCAGCCAGCAACUCCUUGAACUUGAGAACCAGUUCAAGAUCAACAAAUACUUAUCAAGGCCCAAGCGCUUUGAGGUGGCCACGUCUCUGAUGCUAACUGAAACGCAGGUGAAAAUCUGGUUUCAGAACCGCAGGAUGAAGUGGAAACGCAGCCGGAAGGCCAAAGAGCAGGUGUCACAAGCUGAGGCUGAGAAACAGAGGGGCGUGAGCAAGGCCUCCGAGAAACUGCUGUCCGGAGAAGGGCGAGGGCAGGAGGAGGAAGAGGAGAGCGGUGGCGAUGAAUGCAGUAGCCACAGUGCUGGCACACAGUUCCUGCGCCACAGUGCUGACACCUUCAGCUACAGCCCAGAUUCCUCAUGCUCAGAGGAGGAAGAGGAGGUUCGAAGUCACAGGGAGAUGAACUUGUUGCUAUGA